AUGAACAAUGUACCCGAUAAAGAUAAGACACCGAAGUUAGGCAAGCUGAUUAAUUUUACUGUAGUACACUUCAGGGAGUUAGUUCAUUGCGAUUGCGUUACUUUACAAGAUUAUUUGAAAAUUGAUGAAGUUAUCGCCGUAUAUGAAUCAUCUACUGAAGAAAGUAUUGUAGAAGAGGUUAGAAAAAAAGAAAAUCCUGAUGAAUUUGAAGAAGAAGACGACGAAGAGGAACAUGCAAUAGAACAAUCCAAACUCACAGAAGAAGACAUAUUAAACACUUUUUACGAAAGAAGGACAAUUUUCAAAAAUAAUAAGCAAACAAAACUUACUGAUUAUUUCUUUUAA